AUGGUGGUGAGCUACUACAAGAAUGAGUCGGAGCUGGCGGCGAACAUGACGGCGGACGGCUGGCUCCGCACGGCUACUGUGUCUUUUACUUCCAUUCUCGUUGUCUCGUAUGUGACCCGCGUGGUCGUGCGCAGAGCGGAGGACAGCGAGGAGGGCGCGGCGAGCCUGCUGCUGCCCACGAGCGGCUCCACGGGGCUGCCCAAGGCGGCGCAGUACAACCAGCGCGCGCUGGUGGCGCAGCUGCCCACCGUCUGGAUGCACUACGAGAAGUUCCCCACGCCAACGGAGCGCGUGAUGUUGCUCUCGACCCCGCAGUGGGGUACCUUCACCAUCACCGUUGCCACGUGCUGUGUGUACAACGUCACACUGGUCAUGUCUCCCAAAGAGGCUACCGUGGAAAAUGUACUCGACAUGAUGCAAAGAUGCAGGCCAACUUGGACGUUCUUCGGGCCGCCGUUCGCCAAGCAGCUGGCCAAGGCGGCGACGCCGGACCACUUCUCGUCGCUGGAGACCGUGUUGACGCUCGGCUCGCAGUUGUCGCCUGACAUCAUGGCCCUUCUAAAGGAAAAAAUGGCUCCGGACAGCAACGUGUGCGAAGGUUAUGGCAUGACGGAGGUGCACGGCUUCGUCACCGUGGCCGAGCGGGACGCCGCGCCGGGCUGCAACGGUCGCUGCGCCAACAUCUUCCACUACCGGCUCGUUAAAAGCGACGAUGAAGAUGCUGCCACUGACGAAGAAGGAGAACUUAUCGUUAAGGGCUCUACUAUUAUUAAGGGCUACUAUAAGAACGAGUCAGAGCUGGCGGAGAGCAUGACGGCGGACGGCUGGUUCCGUACGGGUGACAUCUUCCGCCAGGACCGCGCGCGCCGUCUCUACUACUGCCGCCGCAUCAAGUUCUGCUUCAUUUACGAGAACUUGCUGAGCUACUACAAGAAUGAGUCGGAGCUGGCGGCGAACAUGACGGCGGACGGCUGGCUCCGCACGGGCGACGCCUUCCGCCAGGACCGCGCGCGCCGCCUGCACUACUGCCGCCGCAUCAAGUUCUGCUUCAAGUACGACAACCUGCUGGUGUCGCCCGAGGAGCUGGAGCGCGUGGUGGGGCAGCUGCCGGGCGUGGCGGAGUGCGUGGUGAGCGACAGCGCGCGCGGGCCCGCGGCCGCCGUGGUGCUGCGCGCCGGCGCCAGCGAGCCCGACGCGCGCCGCGCCAUCCACCGCGUCGUCGAGACGACGCUGAGCGACCACAAGCGGCUGCGCGGGGGCGUCGCGUUCGUGGCCGCCAUCCCGCGCACGCACACCGGCAAGGCGCACCGCCAACGAGCCAAGGACCUCAUCCAGCGCCUCAUAGAGGAAGUAUCGGCGGGCCGCCGCCGCGCCGUGCGGGCCGUGCCUCACGACGUAAACAUCAAGCGAGCAUCAGGCAUGUCGCACGCGGUGGUGCGCGGCGCGCCGACGGCGGCGCAGCGGUACGCGGACGGCGCGCUGGACGCGUGGCUGCGCGCGCGCGGCNUUGAUGAAACCUAA